AAAACCGCCCUCACUACCAACUUUCCUCUCUCUCUCUCUCUCUGUCUCUCUCUGCUACUUUCAUGGCGUUUUUCAAACUUUACUCUUCCUACAUUUUCCUCUUCUUGGCUAUAGCCUUUUCCGCUUCACUCACUGAGUCACUAUCUUCGUCCUCUUCACAAGAUGUGGAGCUUCUCUUAGGAAAUAUCAAAGCUUCACUGCAAGGUAAUACUGACAACUUGCUUUUGUCUUCAUGGAACUUGUCUGUGCCUUUGUGUCAAUGGAGAGGACUCAAAUGGGUGUUCUCAAAUGGCUCUAUUCUCUCUUGUACUGAUCUCUCUUCUCCACAAUGGACUAAUCUUUCUCUUCAUAGAGACUUAUCAAUUCACCUUUAUUCUAUUCAGCUCCCAUCAGCUAACCUCUCUGGCUCACUCCCUAGAGAGGUUGGUGAGUUCUCUACGCUUCAAAGUUUGUAUCUUAACAUCAACUCACUCAAAGGAACUAUCCCUCUUGAGCUUGGUUAUAGCUCUUCACUCUCGGAUAUUGAUUUGGGUGAUAAUCUUUUUAGUGGUGUUCUAGCUCCAUCAAUUUGGAAUUUAUGUGAUAAGCUUGUUUCUCUCAGGCUUCAUGGGAACUCACUCUCUGGGGCUCUCCCUGGACCUGCACUGCCUAAUUCUACUUGCAAGACCUUUCAGUUUCUUGAUUUGGGUAGCAAUAAGUUUUCAGGGAGUUUCCCUGAAUUUAUAACUAGGUUUCCUAGUUUGAAAGUGCUUGAUCUUUCGAAUAACAUGUUUUCAGGUUCAAUUCCAGAGAGUUUAACUGGAUUGAACCUUGAAAAGUUGAAUCUUUCAUAUAAUAACUUAAGUGGGAUGUUGCCAUUUUUUGGUGAGUCAAGGUUUGGUGCAGAGGUUUUUGAAGGAAACAGUCCCAGCCUUUGCGGGUUACCUUUAAGAAGUUGUGGUGGAAAUUCUAGGUUGAGCUCAGGUGCGAUUGCUGGUACAGUGAUUGGAUUAAUGACUGGAGUGGUGGUUUUUGCUUCCUUGUUGAUUGGUUAUAUGCAAAAUAAGAAGAGAAGAACCGGAGGAGAUAGUGAGGAUGACUUAGAGGAAGGUGAAGAUGAUGAAAAUGGUGUUAAUGGUAUUGGUGCUGGUGCUGGUGCUGGUGUUGGUAAUGGUGAAGGGAAACUGGUUCUGUUUCAAGGCGGCGAGCAUUUGACACUGGAUGAUGUGUUGAAUGCAACAGGACAAGUUAUUGAGAAGACAACAUAUGGGACUGCUUAUAAGGCAAAGCUUGCAGAUGGAGGGACCAUAGCUUUGAGGCUGUUGAGGGAAGGCUGUUGUAAGGAUAGGAGUUCAUGUUUGCCUGUGAUAAAGCAACUAGGAAGGGUUCGACAUGAGAAUUUGAUUCCAUUAAGAGCUUUCUAUCAAGGAAAGAGAGGGGAAAAGCUACUCAUAUAUGAUCAUCUUCCCAACAGGACGCUCUAUGAUCUUUUACAUGAUACUAGAGCUGGAAAACCAGUGCUGAAUUGGGCUCGGCGACACAAGAUUGCAUUAGGUAUAGCCCGGGGACUGGCAUAUCUUCAUACUGGUCUUGAGAUGCCCAUUACUCAUGGCAAUGUAAGAUCCAAGAAUGUGCUUGUGGAUGACUUUUUUGUGGCCAGGCUUUCUGAUUUUGGGCUUGACAAGCUUAUGAUCCCUUCUGUUGCCGAUGAAAUGGUUGCACUUGCAAAGACUGAUGGGUACAAAGCACCAGAGCUUCAAAGGAUGAAGAAAUGCAAUUCCAGGACAGAUGUUUAUGCCUUUGGGAUACUUCUGUUGGAGAUUUUGAUAGGAAAGAAACCGGGCAAAAAUGGGAGAAGCAGUGAGUUUGUCGACUUGCCGUCAAUGGUGAAAGUGGCAGUUUUGGAAGAGACAACAAUGGAGGUUUUUGAUGUGGAGGUUUUGAAAGGGAUAAGGAGUCCAAUGGAAGAUGGAUUAGUUCAGGCAUUGAAGCUUGCCAUGGGUUGCUGUGCUCCAGUAGCUUCAGUGAGGCCGACCAUGGAUGAAGUUGUGAAGCAGUUGGAAGAAAAUAGACCAAGAAACAGAUCAGCUUUGUACAGCCCAACUGAAACAAGGAGCGAAAUUGGUACCCCCUUCUGAGCUUUGUUUUCUAACAUAUUCUUAAAAUUAUGUGGUAUACUAGUUACCAUAUUCUCUCUCUCUCUCUCUAUCUCUCUCUGAUUAAGCGAGUAAUUGUAGCGAAUGGUGCAAUGUUUCCAGAAUGAAGGUUAUAGUUUUGUGGAUGGAAAUUCAGUUCUUAGUGAUCUCUAUGUAAUUCAUGACAUUUAUCUUGUAGUGUUGAUUUUCACUUAUUAUUAAUUUUGUUAAA